AUGGCCUGCGGCAGCACCGGGCAGCUACCUGGGACCCCCCCCAGCCCCGCCUGCAGCUGCAGUGUGCCCCUGUGCGAGGGCGCCCCGGGGACCCGCCCUCCUGGGACCCCCCCAGCCCCGCCUGCAGCUGCAGUGUGCCGCUGUGCGAGGGCGCCCCGGGGACCCGCCCUCCUGGGACCCCCCAGCCCCGCCUGCAGCUGCAGUGUGCCGCUGUGCGAGGGCGCCCCGGGGACCCGCCCUCCUGGGACCCCCCCAGCCCCGCCUGCAGCUGCAGUGUGCCGCUGUGCGAGGGCGCCCCGGGGACCCGCCCUCCUGGGACCCCCCCAGCCCCGCCUGCAGCUGCAGUGUGCCGCUGUGCGAGGGCGCCCCGGGGACCCGCCCUCCUGGGACCCCCCCAGCCCCGCCUGCAGCUGCAGUGUGCCGCUGUGCGAGGGCGCCCCGGGGACCCGCCCUCCUGGGACCCCCCCAGCCCCGCCUGCACCUGCAGUGUGCCCCUGUGCGAGGGCGCCCCGGGGACCCGCCCUCCUGGGACCCCCCCAGCCCCGCCUGCAGCUGCAGUGUGCCGCUGUGCGAGGGCGCCCCGGGGACCCGCCCUCCUGGGACCCCCCCAGCCCCGCCUGCAGCUGCAGUGUGCCCCUGUGCGAGGGCGCCCCGGGGACCCGCCCUCCUGGGACCCCCCCAGCCCCGCCUGCAGCUGCAGUGUGCCGCUGUGCGAGGGCGCCCCGGGGACCCCGCCCUCCUGGGACCCCCCAGCCCCGCCUGCAGCUGCAGUGUGCCGCUGUGCGAGGGCGCCCCGGGGACCCGCCCUCCUGGGGCCCCCCAGCCCCGCCUGCAGCUGCAGUGUGCCGCUGUGCGAGGGCGCCCCGGGGACCCGCCCUCCUGGGACCCCCCCAGCCCCGCCUGCAGCUGCAGUGUGCCGCUGUGCGAGGGCGCCCCGGGGACCCGCCCUCCUGGGACCCCCCCAGCCCCGCCUGCAGCUGCAGUGUGCCGCUGUGCGAGGGCGCCCCGGGGACCCGCCCUCCUGGGGCCCCCCAGCCCCGCCUGCAGCUGCAGUGUGCCGCUGUGCGAGGGCGCCCCGGGGACCCCGCCCUCCUGGGGCCCCCCCAGCCCCGCCUGCAGCUGCAGUGUGCCGCUGUGCGAGGGCGCCCCGGGGACCCCGCCCUCCUGGGACCCCCCCAGCCCCGCCUGCAGCUGCAGUGUGCCGCUGUGCGAGGGCGCCCCGGGGACCCGCCCUCCUGGGACCCCCCAGCCCCGCCUGCAGCUGCAGUGUGCCGCUGUGCGAGGGCGCCCCGGGGACCCCGCCCUCCUGGGGCCCCCCAGCCCCGCCUGCAGCUGCAGUGUGCCCUGUGCGAGGGCGCCCCGGGGACCCGCCCUCCUGGGACCCCCCAGCCCCGCCUGCAGCUGCAGUGUGCCGCUGUGCGAGGGCGCCCCGGGGACCCGCCCUCCUGGGACCCCCCCAGCCCCGCCUGCAGCUGCAGUGUGCCCCUGUGCGAGGGCGCCCCGGGGACCCGCCCUCCUGGGACCCCCCAGCCCCGCCUGCAGCUGCAGUGUGCCGCUGUGCGAGGGCGCCCCGGGGACCCGCCCUCCUGGGGCCCCCCAGCCCCGCCUGCAGCUGCAGUGUGCCGCUGUGCGAGGGCGCCCCGGGGACCCCGCCCUCCUGGGACCCCCCCAGCCCCGCCUGCAGCUGCAGUGUGCCGCUGUGCGAGGGCGCCCGGGGACCCCGCCCUCCUGGGGCCCCCCAGCCCCGCCUGCAGCUGCAGUGUGCCGCUGUGCGAGGGCGCCCCGGGGACCCCGCCCUCCUGGGGCCCCCCAGCCCCGCCUGCAGCUGCAGUGUGCCUCUGUGCGAGGGCGCCCCGGGGACCCCGCCCUCCUGGGGACCCCCAGCCCCUGUCUCCCCAGCACAGACUGGCUGUGCUGUGCCUGCAGGCCAGGAUCCCCAGGGUCGUGCAGGGGCAAGUAAGCAGGGCUGCUCCUUGGGCCACUCUGUUCUCCCAGGGACCCACCCUGGCACACAAGGUGGAGGGGUGUGGCAGGAGGGCAGACCUCAUUGAGACCUGA